ACUCUGUAUGACUGAUGAUCCUUCUGUACAGAAUAAAUACUUAAAAGACAACUUAACUUCUCAAGAAUCGUCAUUUCAGUAUUAUAGACUUUACUGUGUGUCAUCAUCUUUCUCAGGAUUCCCACCCACAGUUUCAGGAGAACUUCACUCAGUCGUGUUUCCCUUUAAGCCCGGCAGGAUCGACAGCAGGCCUCCACCUUCACAAACUCAGAGCAGAAACAUCCAUCAGGAUCCGACGAUGAGCAGCGGAGUGCGGCUGUGUGUGCUGGGCCUGCUGUGCCUCCACAGUGCAGUUUUUGGGAAGCUGUUGGACGUCCCCCCCGGCGUCCUGAUCUUCUGUGACGACCCGUCUGUGGAGAAGGCCGUAAACAGCUCUGUGAACAAGUUCAACGAGAGGCUGCACACCGGAAACAAGCUGGCCCUCUUUCAGAUACUGACAGCCAGCAAGUCAGAGAAUGGCUCAGACUCGGUGUACUCGCUGCAGUUCACAGCCAGGAGGAGUAACUGUCCAGCUAGCAGCAACAAACCCUGGAAUGAAUGCGACUAUGUGCCUAACAGACGCCAGGAGCCGAUUUCAUGCAAUUCCAUCGUCUACAUGACAGAGACGGAAGCAGACACUAGACAGGUGGAUUGCGUGCCCGACGAUUACGUACUUCCUAAGAAAGCUCACUGUUUGGGCUGCCCCAUGUCGAUCGAUGAGAACUCAGAGGACCUCAGGGUUCCUCUUAUGCUCUCCAUCUCCAAGUAUAACGCCAUGUCCGACUCUACUCACCUGUUCAACCUGCACACUGUGGGCCCCUCCACCAGACAGGUUGUCGCAGGUUUCAGGUUCAAGCUGAGGUUUGACAUGAGCAAGACCAUCUGCGCCAAGAGCGAACACAAAGACCUCAACGAUGUGUGUGUCCCCGACGAUGAGAACGUGGAGUUCGCUAACUGUAACUCUACAGUGGAUAUCGCACCAUGGAGAUUUGAGGUCCCACAGGCCACUAUAGAGUGUGAACCGGGCUUAAUGUCCACGAUAUUAACCAGGCGCCGUCCUCCCGGCUGGUCUCCUCUCAGAAACAUUCUGUUCGAUGAUCCCUCCACCACCUCAUCUCCAACCACAACCACACCCCCCUCCAUCAAGGCUUCAGCCAAAGAAGAGUCUUCUGAGGAGGACACCACAGCAUCCAAACUAUCCCCCUCCCCUGAUGUGGCCACAGAAGCUGUGAAUGACAGCCCCUUCCACUGCCCGUCCAAGCCCUGGAAACCUUUCAACCCAGUCCAACCUGCAGCUCCGACGAAGGCCGCCACAGAGGAGGCCACCGGACAGCCCACCGCAGACGGAGCCUUUAGUGAUAAAGACCUGGAGGCAUAAAUGUAUCCUCAAUGGAUCCACAUUUAUAUUCAAAAUGAUCUCACUUUUCACUCUCUCCCAACUAUUUUAGUGUAUUUCAUAGACUAGUCCUCUAUCAUACUGAGUUGCAUUGCAGGGUUGUUGUUUUUUUGGAAGGAACAUCUUCAAGGGUGUGAUUUUAAAUGCAAAAGAUUUAUGAUGUGAGAAAACAGAAGAAAAUAAACUGUAUUGGAUAUCUGCAAGAAAAUAAAAGUUUGUUCUGUGCGCUGGUUUUAUACGUGAAUAUAAAUGCAGUUAAUCAAUAAUGUGUUUCUUUCCUGUACUCACUAACUUCCACAUGGAUAAGUUCCGCCAUGUUUUAUAACAAGACAGAGGUCACAGGGUGCGUUUGCCCCCGAAACGGUGUCCCUAAUAACAAAGUCAUAGCACUUUCAUUAGCCCCGUCUGAUCUUGUAAUGUUGUUAAUGCUGUUGUUCUUUAAAAAAGGAAUAAACAAUCAGAUUCAGUCCUUCA